CACACGCGCACACACGCACUCCAUCUCCGAGCCGGACGGCGUAGCCCCCUCUGGCCCGGCAACAGAAGACACAUCAAGGAGUCCAGGCGUUGCAGCCCGCUCUGACCGUGGACCUAACGCCGCUUUAUUUAGUCAGCAUGGGAGACAUGGGGGAUCCGCCGAAAAAAAAACGGCUGGUGUCUCUGUGUGUGGGCUGCGGAAACCAGAUCCACGACCAGUACAUCCUGCGGGUCUCCCCAGAUCUGGAAUGGCACGCCGCCUGUCUCAAAUGCGCCGAGUGCAGUCAGUACUUGGACGAGUCGUGCACGUGCUUCGUCAGAGACGGAAAGACAUAUUGUAAACGGGACUACAUCAGGUUAUACGGGAUUAAAUGCGCUAAGUGCAGCAUCGGUUUCAGCAAGAACGACUUUGUAAUGAGGGCCCGAUCCAAAGUCUACCACAUCGAAUGUUUCCGCUGUGUGGCCUGCAGCAGACAGCUCAUCCCGGGGGACGAGUUCGCUCUGCGCGAAGACGGCCUCUUCUGCCGGGCCGACCACGACGUAGUGGAGCGGGCUACUCUGGGACACGGAGACCCGCUUAGUCCGCUGCACCCCGCCAGACCGCUACAAAUGGCAGCAGAGCCCAUCUCCGCUCGACAGUCUGCACUUCGGCCCCACAUCCAUAAACAGCCAGAGAAGACCACGCGAGUUCGGACAGUACUAAACGAGAAGCAACUACACACUUUGCGAACUUGCUACAACGCCAACCCGAGGCCCGACGCUCUGAUGAAGGAGCAGCUGGUGGAGAUGACCGGCCUGAGCCCGCGCGUCAUCCGGGUCUGGUUUCAGAACAAGCGCUGCAAAGACAAGAAGAGGAGUAUUCUGAUGAAGCAGCUACAACAGCAGCAGCCAAACGACAAGACGAACAUCCAGGGAAUGACAGGCACCCCGAUGGUGGCGGCCAGUCCGGAACGGCACGACGGUGGCAUCCAAGCCAACCCGGUGGAGGUGCAAAGCUACCAGCCGCCCUGGAAGGUCCUCAGCGAUUUUGCUCUGCAGAGCGACAUCGACCAGCCCGCUUUUCAGCAACUGGUUAGUUUUUCGGAGGGUGGACCGGGUUCGAACUCAACUGGCAGCGAGGUAGCGUCCAUGUCAUCUCAGCUUCCAGACACACCGAACAGCAUGGUGUCAAGUCCCAUUGAGACCUGAGUCCGAGUCUGUCUGGACAGACUGAACCUCCCUAUGUUCAUUUCAUCCCUCCAGACUGCACCAAACAACCAAACGGGUUGUAUUUUUUUAUUUUUAUUUUUUUGACACUGUGAAGACAAUCAUGGGAUAUUUACCAUCGACACCCAAUUCUCAAAUCCACGCUGGAGAGAAACUUGCAACCCUCAAGCCGACGCUGUUUGUUCAUAUUUAUUUAUUUAUUUAUUUAAUAAUUAUAAUUGCCAAAAGAGAAGACGCAAACCGGGCUCCUUUGUGACAUUUUCGGACCUCUGAGUGGGAGUCGAACUCAAUCUCGAUUUGCGAGCUGCUGUGCGCAACAUCCAAGUGAAGGUUUUUCUUUUUCAUUCGAAAAAUCAGCAACCCCCCCCCCCCCUCACACCUGCCCCGGAGGAAAGCAGCACGGGUUUUCUUCUUGUUAUUUCAUGAUUUCUUUCAUGAUCCAAGUACUAAAGCAUUUGCAACAAGGUAUACCUCUGUUUCGUCACAAGCUUCGUGGGACAUUUGUGUGAGUUCGGGUCGCCCGAGAAAAUUGUUUUCUUUUUCCAAAGAUGUGUAUACCUCUCACGUAAUAAGUCAAAUAUACGUUAGGUCUUUGUUUCCAUGGAAAAUAAUAUUUAUUAUUUAUUGUCAGCAAAAAUUGCCAUGUUUGGUGUAUCUUUCUUGACUUGCGUUUGGGAGGUUUGUUCAGGUUUUUUUUCACAUGCUAAUUGCGACACUAUUAGUAUAAUUAUUAUAAAUGAUUUGCAGCGUGCGCCAUCUUUGCAAAUCCCCCCCCCCCCCACCCCUUAUUUCGAACAAAGAAAGAGGUAGCCCUCCGAUAGCGGGUUUAAUGGGAUUUGGCUUCAGAAUUUCAAUUUAACUUUGGGAUAUGCGCUUCGAAGGUUUACAUCCUGAAUUAUCAUUGCGUAUUUAUCAAUCUAUUUAAAUAUAGGUUACAUAUUCAAUUUAUUUCAGCGAGACUUGUCAUAUAUGGAGCUUUGAUGAUUGUAAAGCAAAUGCACAUUUUGGAGUGAUGCUUUACCGGGAGUAUUAUGUAUAACAUUGAUGAAUUGAUAACAACAACAAGGACGACAAAAAAAAAAAAAAACCGCUCCCCUCUUUUUGUCUCAAAAUAAAGGGAUUAAUCCAGACACUCUUUGUGACAAACUAAAGGUCUGUUUUUCCAUCAUGACCCACUUAUAACCACUUAGUACGACCACUUAAUUCGCUGGGUUCUGUUCUGUCCAUGCACUUUUAAUUCCUUUUUUUGUCCGAAGAAUUCAUACCCUGUCAACUAAGUAAAAACGACUGUUAAUGUCUCGGGAUUUUUAAUAACUGAAGUUUCAUUACUAAUUCAGCUGAGUGGAUGCCAGUACAAUAAUGCCAAUAUUCAUUGUACAUGACCACCUUUUCCGUUUUCUCAUGAUUUGUUUGUAGACAAGAGACAAAUGUAUAAAGUAAAAGCUGAGACUGAUGUGCUA